AAAAACUAAUUUAUAUAUCUAACUAUUGUGUCGUUGCUAUUUCAUUUCCUAAGAGAUAUUGCGUAGGACAGAAGAGAUUUCUAAAUGUAAAAAGCACAUAACACAGGCCGGUUACAACGCAAAAAGCUUUACAUUUAGAAGCAAAUGAGGUGUGGUUACGCAGUUGAUCAGAGAGGCAAGAGAAGGGAAAGGAGACCUGGCAGUGCUGUGGCUCGAUCUCACCAACACUUAUGGAUCCAUUCCUCAUAAGCUAGUGGAAACAGCACUGGACCGGCACCAUGUCCCAGGUAAAAUUAGGGACCUUAUCUUGGACUAUUAAAAGAGUUUCAAGCUGAGAGUCACCUCUGGGACAGUCACAUCUGAGUGGCAUCGGCUGGAGAAAGGGAUCAUCACUGGAUGCACUAUUUCAGUGAUUCUCUUUGCCUUGGCCAUGAACAUGCUGGUCUAGUCAGCAGAAGUCGAGUGCAGAGGUCCGCUCUCCAAGUCUGGAGUCCGCCAGCCCCCCAUCAGAGCCUUUAUGGACGACCUGACAGUAACGACGACGUCAGUGCCGGGGUGCCGAUGGAUCCUUCAGGGCUUGGAGAAGAUCAUCACCUGGGCUCGGAUGUGUUUCAAGCCUGCAAAAUCGAGGUCCCUGGUGCUCAAGAGAGGGAAAGUGACUGACAAGUUCCGCUUCUCUCUGGACGGCACCCAGAUUCCAUCAGUCACCGAGAAACCCAUCAAGAGCCUCGGAAAGACCUUUGAUUGCACCCUGAAGGACGCUGCGUCCAUCAAGGCCACAAAUCGGGAGCUGGAGGCGUGGCUGACAGCAGUGGACAAGUCUGGUCUGCCUGGUAAAUUCAAGGCCUGGAUUUACCAGCACGGUGUUCUCCCCAGGAUUCUGUGGCCCCUGCUUGUGUACGAGUUCCCAAUAACAACAGUACAGGGCUUCGAGAGGAGGAUCAGCCGUUACCUCCGUAGAUGGCUGGGCCUGCCACGAAGCCUGAGUAGCAUCGCUCUAUACGGGCACAACAACAAACUGAAGCUCCCCAUUAGCAGCCUGAAUGAGGAGUUCAUGGUAACCCGUGCAAGAGAGGUGCUGCAGUACAGGGAAUCCAGUGAUCCAAAGGUCUCCCAGGCUGGCAUCGUAGUCAGGACAGGAAGGAAGUGGAGGGCGCAGGAAGCAGUCGAGCAGGCGGAGUCACGCUUGCGUCACAGCGUGCUGGUCGGCCCAGUGGCGUCUGGACGAGCAGGGCUUGGUAGCGUUGCAACCACAUGCUACGACAAAGCCCUGGGCGAAGACAGACGCCGAUUGGUCCAAGAGGAAGUCAGAGCUGGCGUUGAGGAACUGCGUGCUAGCCAGAUGGUGGGGAUGCGACAGCAAGGCGCAUGGACGAGAUGGGAACAGGCAGUGGACCGCAAGAUCUCCUGGUCUGAGCUUUGGCAAGCUGAGCCUUACCGGAUCAAGUUCCUGAUUGCGUCCGUCUAUGACGUCUUACCCAGCCCAUCCAACCUCUUCUGCUGGGGCAAGGUUGACGCACGAUCAUGUUCUUUGUGCCUCAGAAGGGGAACGCUCGAGCACAUCCUCAGCUGUUGCACAAAAGCCCUGGGAGAAGGACGCUACACUUGGCGCCACGACCAGGUGCUGAAGGCGAUAGCAGAAACCAUCUUCACCAGUAUCACCCAGAACAAGCCUCUCCGACCAGCAAGGCAGGCGAUUGCUUUCAUUCGAGCAGGGGAGAAGCCUAAGCCCAAGCCAAGGGGGGCAGCGGGACUCCUUGGAACCGCACCGGACUGGCAGAUGAAGGCCGACCUGGGGAAGCAGCUCAGAUUCCCAGAGCACAUCGUGGAAACCACCCUGAGACCAGACAUAGUUCUGUUCUCAGAUUCAACCAAACAGUGGUCCUACUGUAGCUGACAGUUCCCUGGGAGG